CGACUUCGUAAAUUUGUUGCCAACCCAGGGUGGUCCACAGCGCCCUCUCAGACGCUGACCAUCAUCUUCCUCAAAAGCACGAUUGUUUGCCGCCAUGAGUGCCUCAAUUUCCAUUCCGGUUGCUAAAUCCGCCCUCGCCGUCUCCGUCUCGCCCUCCACACCCACCACCAGCAUCCACGAAAGAAUGGCUCGCAGAGAUUCUGUAGCUGCCUCCGCGGCGGUGCGCGUGCCGAAGACCUUACACCCUGUUGAUAAUGAGGAUCUUCGCUUGCUCUUGCUCGAGAACAUCAGCCAAGAGGCUGUGAAGACGUUCCGCGCGCAGGGUUUCCAUGUCGAUCACUCGACAAAAUCUAUGUCUGAGGACGAGCUUGUAGAGAAGAUUGGUUCAUACCAUGCCAUCGGUAUCCGGAGCAAGACUAAGAUUACUGAGAGGGUCAUCAAAUCUGCUUCGAAGCUUCUCGUCAUUGGUUGUUUCUGCAUUGGCACUAAUCAGGUCGACUUGGCCACAGCUGCCAGGGCUGGCAUUCCCGUUUUCAAUUCGCCCUUCUCCAACUCUCGUUCAGUGGCUGAACUCGUCAUUUCCGAGAUCAUCGCUCUCUCUCGGCAAUACUUCCAACGUGCGUUCGAGAUGCGGGAGGGUCUGUGGAACAAGCAGUCAAAGGGCUGCUGGGAAGUGCGCGGCAAGACCCUCGGCAUCGUUGGUUAUGGUCACAUCGGCUCACAAUUGUCUGUGCUCGCCGAGGCGUUCGGUUUGCACGUCCUCUUCUACGAUGUCAUCAACAUCAUGCCACUCGGGUCCGCUCGUCAAGUCGAGUCGCUCGAUGUCCUCCUUCAUGAAUCCGACUUUGUCACGCUCCACGUCCCCGAACUCCCCGAGACGAUGAACAUGAUCUCAGCUGAGCAGCUUGCUCAAAUGAAGAAGGGCGCAUAUUUGAUCAACAACGCACGCGGCAAAGUCGUCGACAUUCCGGCCCUCGUAGACGCCCUGAAGUCGGGUCACCUCGCCGGUGCUGCCAUUGAUGUCUAUCCGGCCGAGCCUGGUGCGAACGGUGCUCCAUUCGAUGAUCAGCUCAACUCCUGGGCGAGCGCGCUUCGUUCGAUUCCCAACGUCAUCCUCACACCACACAUUGGUGGUUCCACGGAGGAGGCGCAGCGCAUGAUCGGAGAGGAGGUGUCCUCAUCACUGACUCAUUACCUCAACUAUGGGUCCACCGUGGGCGCUGUCAACUUUCCAGAGGUUGACCUGCGUGCGAUCACUGCGGAGCAGCAGGGUAUCCGUUUGUGCCAUGUGCACAACAACAUUCCGGGUGUCCUUCGGCAGGUCAAUGAGAUUCUGUCGCCGUACAACGUGGAGAAGCAGUUCUCGGAUUCGAAAGGCGAUGUGGCAUACUUGAUGGCAGACAUCGCGGAUGUCAGCCCAAGCGAUGUCUACAAGCUGCAGGAGCUGAUCAACAAGACGAGCGCCAACAUCCUCACUCGGCUUCUCGCAUAAGCUUCUCCUUCAUGUUCUCAAAACACCGUCUUAAACGGUUCAUGCUAGCUACGCACGUUGUGCUGUUGUCCCUAAGAUGCUCAUAUUUUUCUCUCAUAUCCACUCAACUGGAGAUCUAUCGGUACUUAUUGCCGCUUCAACAUCACGCACCUUGUAUAGUACCGAGCAUGUAUAAUAUCCAUACCAGACCUAGCUUAAAGCCGUAGUGCCAUUCGUCAUCACCGAGCGUACACGUCUUCAGCAGUUCUGCACUGUGGCGCGCCCUUACGGAAAAGCCAUGUUACGACGACGUCGUGCCACGAGGCAGCAGUCCAUCGUGGAAGAUAUUCUCGACCCUUCACGCAUCCUCCUCUGGGUCACCAAUACCACCCCCGAGGAUAGCGAACAUCGUGUCGGACUCGGGCAGACUAGGCGAAUCAUAGAUUUUGGCCUGACGAUUUGGACCGCG